UGGAGGCGAGGCGGCCGGCACGCGGCUCUUCCCCCAUGGCUAAUGGCAGCGUCGCUUGGGGGGUCACUGCGUCGCGACACGUUGGGCUCCCAGGACAGGGGAGCAGGUUCCCUACAAGCGUCUGGGGAGAGGACACCGUGGGGGGGUCCAGUGGCAUGUGGUGCCAGCCCCUUGCCACAUUUUGGGUGUCACCCCAGCCUGGUCACCCGGCCCCUGAGCCGGGCGGGCAAUGGAUGGCCAUUGGGGGGUCCCCGGGGGCUCAGCUCCAUCUCUCCCUGCAGCUGCAAGCCAGGAGCCCGUCAGCAUGGCGGGGAAGUGUGACACCAUCUACAAGGGCUUCGCCAGCUGCCUCAUCAGCCUGGGGGACAACAUGGCCCAGAGCGUCCGUCGGCAGCGGGAGGAGGGCAGCGAGGAGGCGCAGGAGCUGGACACCAUCUGCAAGUCCUGGGAUGACUUCCACGCCUGCGCCAGCGAGGUGCUGUCGAGCUGCCCCGAGGAAGCGGCCGCCAUCUGGGAAUCACUGCGCCGGGAGUCCCGCAAGAUCCAGUUCCAGGGCAACCUGCAGGAGCUGUGCAGCGCCCGGGGCCGCCUGGCCAGUGCCCGCGGCUCACCGGCUGCCGAGACCAACCAGGCCACGCUGCGGGGCUCGGCCACCCCGCUGCGACCCCGUCUGCUGGCCCUGCUGGCCCUGCUGCUGCUGGUGGCCCGGCUCUAGCCCUGCAGGUGCCCGGGUAAUGCCCCGGGUCGGUCCCCUCGCGGUGGCCAAGCACUGGCACCCGUGGUCCCCGCCGAGCCCACCUUCCCCCCAUGCUGGGCAUCCCUCCUGGGUCACGGUCCUCUCCUGGACCCUUCAGAUGGAUUUAUAUUUAUAUUAAAAGAUGCUUUUACAUUUC